GGAGCGUGGGUGCCGCGCAGAACCGGGUUCCGAGCCAAGCGUGGGGCUGUGCAGCCUGAGGGAUAGAGACGGGGUCUCUAAGGCCGGGAGGUCCCCGCCCGCUACGGGGCUAAGAGCUUCGGGGCACGACCCCGGAUCUGGCCACUUCCGUCGUCCGGGGGGUUUUCGGGGUGCACGAGGGACUAGGGGCCCGUCUGUGUGAGCACGAACACUAUGCGUGCACCCUGGGCCCCUCCUUUUGCAUUGGGGGUUCCGCGAUACCCUCCCCCCCACCAUGGUGUGCAGACGUGCACUGCACGGGGGCGGGUAGACGGGUAGCUUUCUGAGGAGAGGCCUUUCCGACCCUCAGUUUCCCUACCUAUAACAUGCAGGCCACAAGAGGCCGGACAGUGAGUCACGCCAGUUACCCUGGAUCAUGGAACCCUAAGUCCCUCUAGGACACCUGCACCGGGUCCCCGAGAUCUGGGGAUGAAUCCCAGACCCUCCUCUUGGCACGCUAAGUGCCUAUUUGAGGGCCCCUUUCUGAAAGUCACUGUGCAUCCUAGGCAGGCGUCUUCCACCAUCAGGCCUUUACAGGGAUCAGUCUAUGCAUUGUCCUGUCCCCAUCCGAGGACCUGUCACUCUCGGUCCCCAGGAGGACGCAGAGAGGACCGAACAGCAGGCUGGAAUGGGGACCCAGGCUAGGACCCGAUGUAGUGGUGUCCAGCUCCUGUCCCCAUCCUACUGUGGCACUAAGGUGACCAUGGUCCUUCUUGACACCUCCCCUCUCUCGCAUCACCAGAGGAGAACCCCAGACUCAGGCAAGCUGGGGACACCCUGCACCCUGUCUAUUCCUCUCCUGCAGGAAGCAAGGCUUCUGUUUCCUUGGAUGCCCACCCAGGCCAUAGCUCUUGCUGGGCCAUGUCCACUGCUCAGGCUGGUAUCCCCCUGCUGAGCAUGGUAGCAGCCUGUGGUCUCAGUUCUCCCAUCUGGUGUCAGGCACACCUUGAAGAGCCAGCAAGCUUGGGCACCCACAGCCCAGCUAAUGACGGAGUGACCCACCUACCCCAGCUUGGCCAUCUGAUGGGGGACACAAGCCAAAUGAUUUGAGAAAACACCAGGGACAUCAUCAUCGCACAGGUGAUUAAAUGGUGGACUCUGUGACAAGUGGCUUUCAGUAAUGGCCAGCUAGGCAUGCGCGGCCCCUGAGGUCGCCUUUGACUUCUGGAAGUAGAGGUCUGCAAGCCUACCACACAGGCCACACCAGCCCAUGGGGCCCCUGGAGCCCCCGGGAGCCACCUGACUGUCCAGACCCCCCAGGCCCAGCCAUGGCAGGUGCUGAGGGCUUCCAGUACAGGGCUAUAUACCCAUUCCGACGGGAGCGGCCUGAGGACCUGGAGCUUCUUCCUGGUGACCUCCUGGUGGUGAGCCGGGUGGCUCUGCAGGCACUAGGUGUGGCUGAUGGAGGAGAGCGCUGCCCACACAACGUGGGCUGGAUGCCUGGCUUCAAUGAGCGCACCCGACAGCGAGGGGACUUCCCUGGAACAUAUGUGGAGUUCCUAGGACCUGUGGCUCUGGCUCGACCAGGCCCUCGCCCACGGGGGCCCCGUCCGUUGCCUGCCAGGCCCUUGGAUGGACCUUCUGAGUCAGGUCACACACUGGCAAGCCUGGCAGAGCAGUUCUCCCCACCUGAGCCUGCGCCCCCGAUUCUGGUGAAGCUGAUAGAAGCCAUUGAGCAAGCAGAGCUGGACAGUGAAUGCUACAGUAGGCCGGAGCUGCCCGCACCACGAACAGACUGGUCCCUGAGUGACUUGGAGCAGUGGGACCGCACCACCUUGUACGAUGCUGUUAAGGGCUUCCUGCUGGCAUUGCCUGCAGCUGUGGUGACCCCUGAGGCUGCAUCGGAGGCGUAUCGGGCGAUGCGGGAGGUUACGGGGCCUGUGGGGCUGGUGCUGGAACCCCCAACGCUGCCGCUGCACCAGGCUCUCACUCUGCGGUUCCUGCUGCAGCACCUGGGCCGCGUGGCCCGCAGAGCACCCUCACCAGCUACAGCUGUCCACGCACUGGCCAGUGCCUUCGGGCCCCUGCUGCUGCGUGCGCCUCCGCCAGGGGGCGAGGGUGAUGGGAGUGAGCCUGCACCUGACUUCCCCGUGCUGCUUCUAGAGAGGCUGGUGCAGGAGCAUGUGGAUGAGCAAGACACCGCCCCGCCAGCACUGCCACCCAAACCCUCUAAGGCAAAGCCGGCACCCACAGCCCUGGCCAAUGGAGGGAGUACACCCUCGCUUCAGGAUGCAGAGUGGUACUGGGGGGACAUUUCCAGGGAAGAGGUGAAUGAGAGGCUCCGAGACACACCUGAUGGUACCUUCUUAGUCCGAGAUGCAUCCAGCAAGAUCCAAGGAGAGUACACGCUCACCCUCAGGAAAGGCGGGAACAACAAGCUAAUCAAAGUCUUCCACCGGGACGGUCACUAUGGCUUCUCAGAGCCCCUUACCUUCUGCUCCGUGGUAGAGCUCAUCUCCCACUACCGACAUGAGUCACUGGCCCAGUACAACGCCAAGCUGGACACGCGCCUUCUCUACCCUGUGUCCAAGUACCAGCAAGACCAGGUGGUGAAGGAGGACAGUGUAGAGGCUGUGGGUGCCCAGCUCAAGGUCUACCACCAGCAGUACCAGGACAAGAGCCGCGAGUAUGACCAGCUCUAUGAAGAAUACACACGAACCUCCCAGGAGCUUCAGAUGAAGCGCACAGCCAUAGAGGCCUUCAACGAGACCAUCAAGAUCUUCGAAGAACAGGGCCAGACACAGGAAAAGUGCAGCAAGGAGUAUUUGGAGCGCUUCCGGCGAGAGGGCAAUGAGAAGGAGAUGCAGAGGAUCCUGCUGAACUCUGAGCGACUCAAAUCUCGAAUCGCGGAGAUACAUGAAAGCCGCACGAAGCUGGAGCAGGAUCUGCGGGCGCAGGCCUCGGACAAUCGAGAGAUUGACAAGCGCAUGAACAGCCUCAAGCCUGAUCUCAUGCAGCUGCGCAAGAUCAGGGACCAGUACCUCGUGUGGCUCACCCAGAAAGGUGCCCGACAGAGGAAGAUCAACGAGUGGCUGGGAAUCAAGAAUGAGACUGAGGACCAGUAUUCACUGAUGGAGGAUGAGGACGCCCUCCCCCACCAUGAGGAGCGCACGUGGUACGUGGGCAAGAUCAACCGCACACAGGCGGAGGAGAUGCUGAGUGGCAAACGAGACGGGACCUUCCUCAUCCGAGAGAGCAGCCAGCGGGGCUGUUACGCAUGCUCUGUGGUGGUGGACGGCGACACGAAGCACUGUGUCAUCUACCGCACGGCCACUGGCUUUGGCUUCGCAGAGCCCUAUAACCUGUACGGAUCCCUGAAGGAGCUGGUAUUGCACUACCAGCACGCAUCACUUGUGCAGCACAAUGACGCGCUCACCGUCACCCUCGCACACCCUGUGCGUGCCCCCGGGCCUGGCCCGCCCCCUGCAGCACGCUGAGCGCCCCACCUCGCCUGCCUCCCUGUCCAUGUCUGUCUUCUAAUCCCUUCCCCUGGUGAACACACGCAGGAUGCCAUCCUCCCGCUGCGUCUGCCAUGUUUACAGAGGCUGCGGGGCCACUGGCCUGGGCGCCCCGAGUUCUUCAAGCCAUAUCUCCGAUUUAGAAAGGAACUGUGCUAGGUGGUUUCCAGGAACUCAGCCCUGGACACUUGGGGCUGGGCGGGACCCGCCCCGUGGACCCCAACUUCCCCUCUUAAGGUCGAAGUGAAACCAGUCACGGGGUUACCCCGCAGCUGCCGAGAAGCUCCCCCUCUGGAGGGCAAAAUACAAACUAGCCCUCGUCCAGGCCCUGCGCUGUUCUCCUGACUGUGCAAUGCCUCCCCUUUGGGACAAGGGCCCUGAGUGUGUCCCUGCUCCCUGAACCCCAUACCUGCCCAGGGUUGAUGGGCAGCAGGUUUUGUACGGUACGUUUAUUGAUACGAAUAUGAAACAUUGUACCUGUUGA